ACCAUUUAUAUUUAUAUUUAUAUAUAUCAUAAGAUAAGAUCAACUUUGCAAAAAGUAAGAGGAGACUGGAGAGGUUGACGAUGGAGGGCAGUAUCCGAUGCUCCGCCAACUAUGUUCCAUUGACUCCGAUCAGCUUCUUGGAGCGCUCCGCCGUCGUGUACCGCGACAGCACCUCCGUCGUCUUCGGUGACGUCACCUACACAUGGUCUCUCACUCAUCAGCGCUGCCUCAGACUCGCUUCUUCCAUCGCCAACCUCGCUAUUUCUCCUGGUCACGUGGUUGCUGUGUUGGCCCCUAAUAUCCCAGCUAUGUAUGAGCUACAUUUUGGUGUUCCAAUGUCAGGGGCAAUUCUCUGCACUCUAAAUACACGCCAUGAUUCUGCAAUGGUUGCAUUGUUAUUGAAACAUUCUGAAGCCAAACUCUUGUUUGUGGACUACCAACUUCUUGAUAUUGCUAAAGGGGCACUGCAAAUCAUGGCAAAAUCAAACACCAAGCUUCCACUUUUGGUCUUAAUUUUGGAGUGUGGUCAGGCUUCACCGGACACGGCCAACAUUUCACCCCCUCCCGGAACAUUGAUAUAUGAGGAUCUUAUAGCUAAAGGAAGUCUUGAAUUCGAGGUGAGGAGGCCAAAGGAUGAAUGUGAUCCAAUCUCACUCAAUUACACUUCUGGGACCACAUCAAGUCCUAAAGGGGUAAUCUAUAGUCAUAGAGGUGCAUAUCUCAAUUCUCUGGCUACAGUCCUUCUGAACGAGAUGGGGUCUAUGCCGGUAUAUUUGUGGUGCGUUCCGAUGUUCCAUUGCAAUGGAUGGUGCCUCCCUUGGGGAAUUGCUGCUCAGGGCGGCACGAAUGUCUGCCUAAGAAAUGUAACUGCUAAAGGAAUAUUUGACAGCAUUUUUAGGUACAAGGUGACACACACUGGGGGAGCACCAACAGUAUUGAAUAUGAUAAUAAAUUCAUCAAGUGAAGUCCGGAAGCCACUUCCAAGGAAGGUGGCAGUGAUGACUGGUGCUGCCCCGCCACCCCCGGAUGUGCUUUUCAGGAUGGAAGAACUAGGAUUCAUUGUGACUCACUCAUAUGGCUUGACAGAAACUUAUGGUCCGGGGACAAUUUGCUCUUGGAAACCAGAAUGGGAUAGCCUUCCCCGAGAUAUACAAGCAAAAAUGAAGGCCCGCCAAGGAGUGACUCACCUUGGAAUGGAAGAAAUUGAUAUAAAAGAUCCAGUCACAAUGAAGAGUUUGCCGGCCGACGGAAAAACAAUGGGUGAGGUGAUGUUCAGGGGAAACACCGUGAUGAAUGGAUAUCUAAAGGAUCUGAAAGCGACCCAAGAUACAUUCAAAGGGGGAUGGCUUAGGAGUGGUGACUUGGGAGUGAAGCAUCCUGACGGCUACAUAGAACUAAAGGACCGGUCGAAGGACAUUAUCAUCUCUGGUGGAGAAAACAUUAGCACCAUUGAGUUGGAGGGUGUGAUUUAUAGUCAUCCGGCAGUUCUUGAGGCGGCGGUUGUUGGGAGACCGGAUGAUUAUUGGGGAGAGACACCAUGUGCAUUUGUGAAGCUGAAGGAGGGUGAGAGUGCCACAGCAGAGGAGAUAAUACAGUUCUGUAGGAACCGUUUGCCGCAUUAUAUGGCUCCAAGAACUGUGGUGUUUUCUGAGCUGCCAAAGACUUCAACUGGCAAAACACAGAAGUUCAUUCUCAGAGAGAAAGCAAAGGCCAUGGGAAGCUUGUCUAAGAACAAGAUUAGUCGCUUGUAAAUGUAAAUCAUACUAAUCAAUAUUCAGUGUGGAUGCAUUGUUUUCCAAUGACAGGUGCUUGAAUAAAUGGUGCAAGUUUCAUCA